AAAACCACAGACGUGUCAUAUAUUAAAUAUUUGACAUUUUCACUGCCCACUAGAUUUAAAAGUAUAUUGGUACCUUAUUAGUUUUCGAAUUUUAUAAUGAAUAAAAUAAUCACAAAUUUCAUUAUAUUAAUAUUUUAUAUAUCAUCAUGUAACUCAACAAUAUUUGAAAGUGAUUCGUGUUAUACUUUUGGAAGCGGCAAUGUUUUUCCCGGUGGUGCAAGAAAGAUUGAUCAUAAACUACAAUUUACUAAAGCCAUGAUCUCAAAACCGGCUCCGGAGUGGGAGGCGACGGCGAUAGUUAACGGAGAAGUUACACAGCUUUCAUUAUCCAGUUUUAAAGGAAAAUACUUGGUAUUUUUCUUUUAUCCAUUGGAUUUCACAUUUGUAUGUCCUACUGAAAUUUUAGCAUUCUCUGAAAGGAUAGAGGAAUUUAAAAAAAUUAAUACUGAGGUAGUGGCUUGUUCAGUAGACUCUCAUUUUACUCACCUUGCUUGGAUCAAUACACCUCGUAAAGAGGGUGGACUCGGUAAAAUUAACAUACCUCUCCUUAGUGAUCUUACACAUUCUAUUGCUAAAGAUUAUGGAGUAUAUUUAGAAGAUUUGGGACACACAUUGAGAGGAUUAUUUAUUAUUGAUGAUAAAGGAAUUCUGAGACAAAUUACAAUGAAUGAUUUGCCCGUGGGAAGAUCAGUAGAUGAGACAUUGAGAUUGGUUCAAGCAUUCCAGUAUACUGACAACCAUGGUGAAGUAUGCCCCGCUGGCUGGAAACCAGGGCAGGAUACUAUCAUACCUAAUCCAGCUGAAAAGAGGAAAUAUUUUGAAAAAGUAGCAGACUAAUUAAUAAAUAAGGAUUUUUUGUUCUUACUGAUGAUAACGACAAUUAAUAAUUUCAAGGUUCUGAUAAAAUAUUGAAAUCAAAAGAUAUCUUUUAUGUAACUGCUGAUAAUGUAACAUUUUACCAAUUAUGGAUUAUUUUUAUAACACACUAAUAAAAAAAAUAUAAAAUAAUUUAGACGUAAGUGUAAAUUUAUAUAUUUAUAUAUCUAUUUUAUAUUAUAAAAGUAUCUGUAAGAUAGAACAACAGAUAAUAUUUCCAGAAAAUACUCAAAACACACAAUUAUUCUACUGUAAAACAAUUAUAUCCAGUGUUAAGACUGAUAUGAAGCUUUGCAUUUUAUUCUUAUUAAAGUAAGUUUGGGAGUGGUAUGUCUAAUAUACAAUUAUUUUUAA